UGCUAGCAUGGCGCUGCUCGCUGCCGAGGGAGUUCCGUUGUCUCGCCGGGGUCCUCUCCCCGUUCAGUUGUACCCGACUAUCUGACAAAGAAGUACACUAAUAUCAAGACGUCGUACAAUAUUUUAAUAUUUCUCCCAUAAAUACUCUUGACUCGUGUCGCUUGUUAGAUUAAAAAAAAAGAAGGAAAAAAAGAAUUGUUGGAUACCGGGAAACGAGAGGAGUCGCCGCGUUCUUUGAGAGCUGACAAAGACGCCAUGGCCACAGCGGAGGUAUGGGAGUGACGUGACGGCAUACUGGUCCUGCUUCCAAACUCAAACCACGUGGGCGUCAUGCCUCUUCUGCUGAAGUAGCGGUGGAGCACGCAAUAGGAUGGACGAGUCGGUGCUGCUGGAUCUGCUCGAGUGCCCCGUUUGCCUGGAGCGCCUGGACGCCUCGGCGAAGGUCCUUUCCUGUCAGCACACCUUCUGCCGCCGGUGUCUCCAGGGCAUCUUGGGCUCGCGAGGAGAGCUGCGGUGCCCGGAGUGCCGGACGCUGGUAGAGUGCGCCGUGGACGAGCUCCCCAGCAACAUCCUCCUCGUGCGCCUGCUCGACGGCAUCAAGCAGAGGCCUCGGAGGGCCGGCCCCGGGCCGGGAGUCUGCACCAAUGGCACGUUGGGGGCCGUGGCCAGAGCGCACGGCGGCGGAGCCAGGGACCAGGGCACCCCGGGAGCGCAGCCCCAGCGAGCUCAGGCUAAGGGCGCCCUUGUGCGGGCCGCCGCCCAGCUCCCCUGCGCCAAGGCGCUCUACAACUACGACGGCAAGGAACCCGGCGACCUCAAGUUCGUCAAGGGCGACGUCAUCAUCCUGCGCCGGCAGGUGGACGAGAACUGGUACCACGGGGAGAUGGGCGGGGUCCACGGCUUCUUCCCCACCAACUUCGUCCAGGUCAUCAAGGCGCUGCCGCAGCCGCCGCCGCAGUGCAAGGCGCUGUACGACUUUGAGCUGAAGGACAAGGAGGCCGACAAGGACUGCCUGCCCUUCUCCAAGGAUGAUAUCCUGACCGUGAUCCGCAGAGUGGACGAGAACUGGGCCGAGGGAAUGCUGGGAGAUAAAAUUGGAAUUUUCCCCAUCUCAUAUGUUGAGUUCAACUCGGCAGCUCGGCAGCUGAUAGAGUUGGACAAGCCGUCGGACUCCAGCGGGGACUCCGGCGAGGGGGCUUCCUCGGGGCCCCAGAGCAACGGCGCCCAGCGCGCCGGAGAGAAGAAGAACAGCAAGAAACGACACUCCUUCACCUCGCUCACCAUGUCCCACAAGCCCAUGCUGGCUCCGCCCCCCCAGCGCCACUCCAUGGAGAUCAGCGGGCCCGUGCUCAUCAGCUCCAGCAACCCCACGGCGGCCGCGCGAAUCGGGGAGAUCAGCGGGGGGCUUUCCUGCAGCGCGCCCUCACAGGUACACAUUUGCACAACUGGACUCAUCGUGACCCCGCCCCCCAGCAGUCCUGUCACCACGGCAACGGUCUUCACGUUCCCGUCGGAAACGAGCUACACGUCCACGCCCGUGGAUGCUCUCCCGCCGCCCCCCCCUCCUCCCCCGCAGUCCUCCGUCGACGGGGCGGCAUACUCAUUGGCUGCUGGACAGAGACCCUCCCCCAGCGUCAGCGACCAAAGUGGGAGACAAAGACCCACAGUCUACGUGGCCAUGUUCCCCUACACGCCGCGUAAGGAGGACGAGCUGGAGCUGAGGAAGGGCGAGAUGUUCCUGGUGCUGGAGCGCUGUCAGGACGGCUGGUUCAAGGGCACCUCCAUGCACACGGGCAAGAUCGGGGUGUUCCCCGGGAACUACAUGAGCCCGGUCAGCAGGACAGCGUCGGGCAGCACGCAGCCCAAAGUGCCCAUGAGCCUUUGCACCCAGUCCGGCCGAGGGGUCACUGUCAUCAGCCCCUCCCCCACGGCCGUCGUCCCGGGUCCCGACAUCAACAAGCCCCCCGCCGUGUGCGCCGGUGCCGCUCCGCCCAGCCUGCAGCCCGCCACCGUGGCGGCUCAGACGGCCACGGGUCAGCAGCCCAAGGUCCCUCUGCACGUCGGCUCCCAGAUGACGGUGAACCAGGCUCGCAACGCGGUCAGGACGGCAGCCGGUCACAAUCACGACCGGCCAGCCCCCGCCGGGACCCAGGCCCAGCCGCCCGCCGCGCCUCUGGCUUACCUGCCUCACCUGGCGUCUCCUUCCUCCGGCCCCGCCCAGUGCUGCUCGCGGGCCAGCGCGGCGAUGGGCUGCGCCGCCGCCUCCCUGACUCCACCCAACGUCAGUGCGGCGUCCCUGGACGGUGACGCUCUGAGGCCCGCGGUCGUCUCCGUCUCGGGGAUCGAUCCCACUUCCAGCAGCGCCGCUCUCGCCUGCCGACUGGACAAGGACGUCAAGAGAGAGAAGAAAAGUCUCCUGAAGCUGUUGUCCUCGAACAAGAAGAAGUCUCGUCCUUCUCCGCCCUCGUCUCCUACCUUGGAGGCGGAGCAAGCCGCGGCCUCAGAGGCGCUCUACGCCGCCGUCGCAGACGCCGGCCUUUUCUCCCCCGGCGAACCCAAACCCGCCGCCGUGUCUUCCGCCGCGUCCUCCGCCUUCUCGUCCUCCUCGGCUCCGGACUCCUCCCACAGGAAGGUCGGCCCCCUCGACGGAUGCGCCCCCAUCGCUCCGCCUCCUCGCCAGCCGUGCUCCUCCCUCUCGUCUCAGCAGCACGACGUGCGGCCCAUCAUCUGCGAGAGGUACAGAGUGGUGGUGUCGUACCCCCCCCAGAGCGAGGCGGAGCUGGAGCUGAAAGAGGGCGACGUCGUGUUUGUUCACGGGAAGGGGGAGGACGGGUGGUUUAAGGGAACGCUGCAGAGGAACGGCAGAACCGGCUUGUUCCCCGGCAGCUUCGUAGACAGCAUCUAACACACACACACACACACACACACA